AGCGCAGAGCCGUAGAGGGCAGUCGUUCUCGAACAUGUACCUCGCACUCUCGCUCGAGUCGGUCAUUUGACAGAAAGACGAGUUAUUGAUUCGCUCAGCAUUGCUUCAGCCCGUGAAUCGGCGCCAAACUGUGCGACUGUGGAGCAACUAGGUUUUAACACCAUGAGCUUUCUGCCGUUAUGAAUAAUGAAGAGUAAAGACGAGUCAGGCAGCAGCGCAACUCCAACCAAUGACGUCGAAGCAGCUAUCGAGAAUCCGAGCGGCUUGUGGGUCGAGAUGUCGAAGGUUUUGCGGCAGGCCGACAGCAAGUGGAUUCUGCUGCUGAUGCCAUGCAACGGCGUCGUGGUGUACUACCUGUGGAUUUGGUCUACCCGCAGCGAGAGCCUCGCUCUACGGGCUUACGCGAACGCGCUUGCGUUCGACGUGUGCGCCCUGGCGGUCUGCCUGGUCUCCGUCUGGGUGGAGCAGAACACUGGCUGGCGGAGCCGCUGCGGCCCGUCCGUCGGCCAGCUCGGCCUCGAGCGCUACGAGCUGUUCGGCCUGCUCGCCUCCUCGUGCCUCUGCCUCUCGGCGCAAGCUCUCCUGUUCGUCGACGCUCUCGCCAGAAGCGCGCAGCGCCAGUCCGUGCUCGUGCACGAAGGCCGUCUGGGAUUAGGUGCUGUCGUGGGUGUCGUCGCACAUCUCGUAACAAUAGUAGUCUACCCCGAUGCCAGCUUGAAUCACGUUGUUUGCAAGGCAUUGCCCUGUCCCACCUUCAAUGGUAUCAAUCCUAUACUUGCUGCUAACCUCAUCAGCUUUACCGUCCUUUGUGGCUCUCACCUCACAAUACACUUUUGGCAAUUGUAUAUUACCGACAUUGUAGCUGCUUUUGUUGUGAUUGCGCUGACUGUGGCAUCGAUGUUGCCGUUGGCCUUUUAUACUGUAUCCAUUAUUUUUCGAAAUAUAUCCCAUCAUAUGAGUGAGCAGCUACAAAGGUGCUUACAAGAAGCUCUUAUUAUUGAUGGCGUGUUAGAAUUUCGAAACGAAAGAUUUUGGACGAAAUCAUUUGGAAAGCUUUCGGGCAGUUUAGAAGUGCGCAUAAGAAAAAAUGCCAACGAAAAUUACGUACUAGCGAAAGUUAUCAAGCGACUAUCUCAAGUUGUGUCUACCUUGAGUGUCAAAGAGUUUCGCGAACCAAUCAAUCUUGCCAACGAUUUCAUGGUCGGGCUGCCGUUCGAAUAUUACAUGGACGAGCUUUUACAGGGCAAAGUUUUCAAAGAAUGCGAGAAGAAGCCAAAGAAGCUGGAAACCGAGGAUAUUGAGACAAGCGAUGUCGUUAAAAUUGAAGACGUUUUACUGCGUGACGGUACUUUGACUAGUUCUACUGGUAGACGAACAGAUGAACCUCACGACAAUCGCCUGAGAGUAUCGAACUGUAUAGGAAACUUGGAAAAACCUCGUCAGAAGUACUUUCAUCCGAGACUGCCCGUGCAAAAUGCACUUUUUUUAGGUUCCAGGUAUAAUCUUGAAGAUUUGCAUUGUUCGACUAGACUACAUUGCCAAUAAAUAUAUUUAUUAACUUUUUCAUUUUGAUAAACUUAUGUUUAUUUGAGUAUCAAUAUCAGAAACACUAUUGACUGUGUUUAAAUAAAGCCCGUAAAAAUGUUCACAGUGUUCAUUAAAAUUUGAAGUACUGAAAAAAGAUAAAGGUGAUAAAAUUCAAUAACAUUUAACGUAUUGCAGCAGCAACGUAGUGACAUGUCAUAAAAACCGAACGUCGAUUGCGCGUAAUGUAUUGACAUUUAUAAACUAGCUGUGUAAUUAAUAGACGAAUAGCAAUACUCGAGUUUCCCAGCAAGAGUGCGAAUAAAUUACUGGACGGUAUCUGCAUAAGAUCGCGUGAUACGGCGCAUUACACCCAACAGAAUGAAGAGUCAAUCGUUAAAGCUCUCCCUGAUUCGGAUCUCGUUAAUCGAUUUCUACUUAAAAAGUAUAGCUUGACAUGUUUGGUGACUGUUCCACCGAUUAAGUCUACGCACCGUCAACUUCCGAUUCACGAUCGUCUUCCCGCUUCCUUUGUCUUGCUGCUGCUCGCUGAAAAAAGAACAAGCAGAGCUACGCUUUCCUGCAGUUGCGAACAAGUCUACAUCGAGCGCCAAGCUAGCUGAAUAAUCGUUGUUAACUAAUUAAAUUAAUAUAUAAUCGCUUGUAUAAUUUCAUUGUUUACGUGAUUGCUUCUAAGUACUUUGUUUUGGAAUCCACUCCGCAAAUAUCCUUUAAAGUUAUAAGCGGUUAUGAAAACUUUCCUACAAUUGUAUUGUUCAUUGCAGAAAUGUGAGCAAGCAUAAAUAAUACGAAGCCAGUCAUGAAUAAACAAAUUUUUACG